CCCAGACAGAAGUGGGCCAGCCUCAGCACCGACAGCCAGCACGCAGAUAGCAGAGCCGUCCCGGGGCCUUGGGCACAGCACCAGCGCUGAGAGCCACUGACCACUCAGCCUCGUCCUCAUGGCCUGCCUGAACGCCGCGCAGCUCCAGAAGUUCCAGGAGGAUGGAUUCCUGGUGCUGGAAGGAUUCUUGUCUGCAGACGAGUGUGUGGCCAUGCAGCAGAGGAUUGGUGAGAUAGUGGCCGAGAUGGACGUCCCGCUUCACUGCCGCACAGAGUUUUCCACCCAGGAGGAGGAGCAGCUGCGAGCGCAGGGCAGCACAGACUAUUUCUUGAGCAGCGGCGACAAGAUUCGAUUCUUCUUUGAGAAAGGCGUUUUUGACAAGAAAGGAAAUUUCCUGGUCCCCCCGGAGAAAGCCAUCAACAAGAUUGGCCACGCUCUGCAUGCCCAUGACCCUGUCUUCAAGUGUGUCACACACUCCCCCAAGAUGCAGGCCUUGGCCAGAAGUCUGGGCCUCCAGAUGCCUGUGGUGGUGCAGAGCAUGUACAUCUUUAAGCAACCUCACUUUGGCGGCGAAGUCUCCUCUCACCAGGAUGCCUCCUUCCUGUACACGGAGCCCCUGGGCCGGGUGCUGGGCCUGUGGAUGGCGCUGGAGGACGCCACGCUGGAGAACGGCUGUCUGUGGUUCAUCCCCGGCUCACACACCAGUGGAGUGGCGAGGAGGAUGGUCCGGGCCCCUGCUGGCUCGGGGCCUGGCACCAGCUUCCUGGGGUCGGAGCCAGCCCGGGAUAACAGCCUCUUUGUGCCUACACCAGUGCAGAGAGGGGCCCUUGUCCUAAUCCACGGAGAAGUGGUGCACAAGAGCGAGCCAAACCUCUCUGACCGCUCGCGCCAGGCCUACACUUUCCACCUCAUGGAGGCCUCUGGCACCAUCUGGAGCCCCGAGAACUGGCUCCAGCCAACACCUGAGCUGCCCUUUCCCCCACUGUACACCUAAAGGCUCCUGCAGGCCUGGGCACAGCCCCUCCCGGGAGGCGCUGGCUGCAGACACCAGCACCUGCCGACCGCCCAG